UAGAGUGUAGAGAACUGCUGGUCACUGUACCCCGCAGGGUUAUAUAUAUGUACAUCAGGUUGUUUUGUAGAUAAGACCUUUAUGUACUUCAUGUACUAAGAAAACCAGUUCUUGAAGCACUGUACACACUAAAGUUAGUGACAAGAAGUCAAUCACCGUUUAGAGAUUUGAUAUAAAGAUGGUUGUUCUUGUAUCUGGAGUUCUACUUGAAGAACUUCCUAGUUCAACAUCUAUCCUAUUCCAGGCAUAUCCAGGCAUUAAAACUCAAGCUAACAGGUUUUGGGAACAGACAAUAUAAUUCACCAUGUCGCCCUCAUUAUCCGCCAUGUUGGAUCAGGUGUGACCCUGCUAGCACAGGUUGACCGGUACACCGAGGAAGAUCUGACCUGUAUGCUAGCGAAGAUCAUGACCCUAAUAGAACCAGGGUUUGAUGACAGGAGUUCUGGUGUGUAGUCAGGAAAGGUUUGAGUUGACCGGCCUUUGUGUCGGGGAAGCCUUUACAGUGUUCAGGGGCACCAUGCCCUUCCCCGCCCUGAGGGGCGUAGCCAUUAACGUGAAGACAGGGAUUGUAUUCCCUGCCUCCUUCUCCCACCGUGGACCAGAUAUGGAUCUAAGGUUGGCUAGAACACUGACCGGUGGUGAGGGGGUUGGUAUGCUGGAUAUAUACUCCCCUGAGAGAGAAGAACUGCGGAUAGGACCAUUCUCCUACCUUCCCAUGAGAUCAGUAGAUAUAUGGUUGGGACAAUCAGAUGAUUUUAUUCUACAGAGUUUAACACCAUGUCCUGAGGUUGUAACAGACAGAGAAGGUUUUGUAAGACAGGUUCGGGAUACGUUGAGAAUAGUUAAAUCUCAUCCCUACCCAUCCGUUACACUUUUCCAAUCUAACUCACCAAGAAGUUACAGACGGGAUGAGAACAGUGGAGAGUGGAUACUAAAAUAUCAAAAUGAAUGGUUCAGAGGAUCGUCAGGAGUAAAACCAGAAGCAUUUCAGUUUAAUUUUUAUGUAAAACAAGAACAUUUCAAUAAUUCGUGGCAACUUGGGCAUGCAGCCUAUUACUAGGAGACUAAGCAUACUACACUCAUUGGAUGCAUGCUGAUUGUCGAUAUGCACGAGAAUGCUGCUCUAGAUUCGAUCAUAACUUAAAAACUAAACUGAUUUAAAUUUUUAAACCUAAAAAAAUGAGCAUACAGCGAGAACCAGAAAACAAAGGAAUAGGAAAACGACACCAUAGCAAUACUUAAGUGUAUUUGAUGACUUGUUACAAAGCAAAUACUUUUACUAGUAAGUUACGAAAUCACUUAUAAAGUGAAAUGGGUCUGUUUAAAAUGCUCAUAUUCAUUGGAUUGUUUAAAGUCAUAGCUGGAGCCUGAAAGUCGACUUCCUAUUCCCCACUUUUCUGGUUAUCACUGUAUGUAAUUAGUAAUUACAGUGAUAACCAGAAAAUAAUGGAAUAUGAAGACGAAAUUAUAGUAAUACUCUUUAGUGUUUUUGAUGACGUCACAAAGAAAAUAAUUUUACUAGACACUUAUUAAAUUUCUAAUUUUAUGAUGUAAUAUUUAAAGCAUGAUUACUGAUACUGUAGUAUUCUCUCACUACUAAAUUGUGCAAUGAUUUGGCAAACUUAAAUUGGCAAACUUUGAUAAGAUCACACUUCAAGUUAUUCUACUUGUUUUCAGAUCAAUUAUCUUUGCAACCUGACAAUAUUGCAGAUCGGGUUAUUUCCAUUACUCGGACCUAACCCUCAUGCGCUGUUGUGAUCUUUGCAAUCUGGCAUUAUUAUACUUCGGGCUAUCUCUAUCAUGCAGAGUAAACCUCAUAUAACUAUCUGCUCGUGCAAUAAUUAACACCCAAAGUAAUAAACAUAUUUUCUAUAA